GUAGAUGUGGACUUCUUUACUGAUACGAUUAUCGAUAAGCUGCGUUACGUAGAGCCACUUGUCAUGGCGUCUACAUAUACUUUGAGGAUUUUUCAUUAUUUUGUACUUUUGAUUGUAUUUACAGUCGAUUGUGCCUCAACCACAGAAACAGCAAGAAAUUCAACAGAUUUUGUGGGAUGCUAUAAAAUCCCAAUUGAUCCUGAUCACCGACCAAUAAAUCCUGGUCAGUACAAUACUGAUACAGUCACCGUUACGAAGUGCAUGGGCCUAUGCAGAGAUCAUUUAUCAAAGUACACUUUGCUAAAUGCUGGUGAAAUCUGCCUAUGUGAUAACAGUCUUCAGGUCAAUGGCAGCGUCACAAACACUGUUUGUGACGCCAUGUGCCCUAAAUCAUGCGGGAGCAAAGACCACUACUCUGUGUAUAGUACCCGUUCAAAGCUUGGAAACGUCAACAUUUAUCGCAGAACACUUGGAUUGAAACAGCUGUCAUACGAUGAUUAUGUUUCCGUGCCAACAUUGAAAGAUGUAACAUUCUCCAUAAACUUUACGGGAACUGAAAAUAUUACACUGUCACUAGAUUUUGGAGACGACUCUCCAAUAGAUAAUGUGCAAAAGGGAACACCAAGCAACUUUGUACACUUAUUUAUACGACCAUCAACGUACCCAAUUUUUGGAAUUGCAAAGGAUGGAGUUACAGAGGAUGUGGAUACUGAAGGAGGAGUUGAAAUACGAAACAUUGUUAAUGCUGUGACACUGAUUUCAAAUGUAUCCAUUGUGUGUCCAAAAGUGGUUGGUGCAAAUGAUCUGUUUGAAUGCUCAGUUAGGGUGAUGCAGGGAACUUCAAUGUUACUACAAGCAGACUACGAAGUUGGAAACAUUACAUUUGAUCUUAUUGAUGCUGGCCACACAAUCUAUGGAAAAAGUGCUUCGAUUACUCACGAUGGAGUCACAGAACCAGACUCUAUAUACUUUUUUGAGCAAGUCAUGUUUGAGGGCGUCCUUGUCAGCCUAGAGUUUGAAGUUGCUAGUAAUGGCAGAUUCACUUUGGAGGUUUACCGACCUUCUGUGAUAGAUACUAAGAAAAAUUGCAUCACUAAUGGAACUUACAAUUUUAGAAUGCGGCGCUGUCCAGACGAUGACCCAUGGCCUGAUAAUGUUAGUGUUAAACUCAUAAAAAAUGUCACGUUCAUUGCUGAAUCAUCUGGAAUGUACUAUCUCAUUCUGGAUGAGGAAGAAUACUUGUACAUCUCCAAAGGUGACAUGCUCGCGGUUUCUAGUACUGAUGGAAAAAUUCACAGAACAUCAAAUACAAGCCACCAAGAAUACAUCUCAAAUAAAAUGUCCCUGCAGUUAAAAUUAGACCGAUUCAACACGCUGAUUCAGGCGACGAUUGUAACGCCAUCGAGAGCCAAGUUGCAAAUGAAGUUGCCAGACCCUAUCGAUGCUACAGGAGACGAUGUGGAUCGUAUUAUUUUUGUAGAAGUUAAGAAUGCACUCAGCUCUGUGAAUGUAAGCAGUAGUAGUGUGCGUGUCCAGUCAUUUGUUAAUGGGAUAGAAAUCAUUGCAGACAGCUACAAAACAACUAACGAAACAGUUGUGUUAAGUUUAUCUGAGCAUAAUGGUACCGAGGUUACUUACGAGUGGGACUUUGGGAACGGUGACAGAAUGCUAGGUGCUGAGUAUAAAACCGUGGAGUAUUCAUGGUCACUUGCUGGUAUUUACAGUGUUAAAGUUAAAGCCUUCAAUAACAUUAGCGAGGAUACAGAUAUUUUUAUCAUUACCAUUGAGGAUCCUGUUCAUGAUAUUAUAACGUUUUUGCCAACGUCACCACAGCCUAGGAAACCUGACCGUGAUGUCGAUGUUACAAACAUCACCGAAGCAGCAAUGAUUAGGUGGAAAGUUCUUGAGGGAACAAACUACUUUGUUUAUGUGGAAUUGGGUACAACAGAGAAAGGUCGCCUUUCUGCAUCACCUAGGAGUUCCACAAUGGAGGAUGAAAUGACAGUUGAUGGGCUAACUUUACAGAAUGUUGUUUUAAUGAAUGAAGGUGCUUGUUUGACUCCAUUGGCUGCUGUGUCUUUAUCGGAAACCAUAAUAGAUCUCAACAAACUCUGUACUGUACUUGGUAUUGUAACUUCAGCUGAAGACUUUCGAGUAUCUUACAGCAAUGAUAAUCAUCAUUUCGUAGAUGUUGCUGCAAACAGAGAUGUAAGUACAGAUCUCCUUUUUAUGACAUAA